ACCCAAUAGAGUUCUUGCAUCGCAAUUUCCAGCCAAUUAGGUGGAACCCCGGGUCCAGGGGCGUUUCCCAGGCCCGCCGCACCCAUGCGUCAUCACCGUGAGCCGAAAGCACAACUGGCGCGGGCGCUUAGGCCUUGGUGGCGUUGUCACCGGCGAUGAGCGGCACGAGGGCGAUAGCGGCUGCUUCCACGUGGCGCUUGCGCACUGGCGUCCGGAGGCCCUUCUCAGCCUAUGGAAGAGCCAUUGUCGUCAGGUUUCACAGUUCAGGAAUGACCUUAGACAAUAUUAACCGGGCCGCUGUGGAUCGAAUAAUUCGGGUGGAUCACGCUGGUGAAUAUGGAGCAAACCGCAUCUAUGCAGGGCAGAUGGCUGUGCUGGGCCGGUCCAGUGUUGGCCCUGUCAUUCAGGUGGGCUCUUCCCUAAGUCUCAACCUGACCUGUUGCCCUGGCAGAGAAUCUGAAGCCUGCGUUCCUUUUCUUUUCCAGGUCAUCAAGAAGUUUCGGGAUGAGGAGCUUGAGCACCACGACACGGGCCUGGACCACGAUGCAGAGCUGGCUCCGGCGUAUGCCUUGUUGAAGAGGGUUAUCCAGGCUGGAUGCAGUGCAGCGAUAUAUUUAUCAGAACGGUUUUAAAGCAUGUCCGAUGACCCAUUUCUAGAAAAGAUGGUCACUUAAGGAAUGGCAAUUGCAGAGGAGGAACUGUACAAUUAUCACUGUGUGCUUUUUUUGUUAAUAAACUAUGAGAGGUGGU